UGUCAUUGUCAUAACAAAAAUAACUAGCACAUUGAAGAGAGAGCCAGUGGUGAACAGUGAGGUGCUUUAGAGAGUGGCAGCACGGAAGCUGGGUGGAGAGCGUGUCUAGGGAGAGAAAUGCUGCUGAAGAAUCAAGUAAGCCCAGCCUAUCCCCAUUUGUAUCCAGGGAAGCAAUCCUGAAUCAUGACUCAGCAACCACUUCGAAGGGUGACCAGCCUGCGUUUCAACCAAGACCAAAGCUGCUUUUGCUGUGCCAUGCAGACAGGUGUACACAUCUACAACGUGGAACCAUUGAUGGAGAAGGGGCACCUGGACCAUGAGCAGGUGGGCAGCAUGGGCCUGGUGGAAAUGCUCUACCGCUCCAACCUGCUGGCCCUGGUGGGUGGUGGUAGCAGCCCCAAGUUCUCAGAGAUCUCAGUGCUGAUCUGGGAUGAUGCCCGGGAGGGCAAGGACUCCAAGGACAAGCUGGUGCUGGAGUUCACCUUCACCAAGGCAGUGCUGGCUGUGCGCAUGCGCCAUGACAAAAUUGUGAUUGUGCUGAGAAACCGCAUCUAUGUGUACUCCUUCCCUGACAAUCCCCGGAAGCUGUUUGAGUUCGACACCUGGGACAACCCAAAGGGGCUCUGUGACCUCUGCCCCAGCCUGGAGAAACAGCUACUAGUGUUCCCAGGACCCAAGUGCGGGAGUCUGCAACUGGUGGACCUGGCAAGCACAAAGCCGGGCACUUCAUCGGCGCCGUUUACCAUCAGCGCACACCAGAGCGGCGUGGCCUGCGUGUCCCUGAACCAGCCAGGCACCGUAGUGGCCUCGGCCUCCCGGAAGGGCACCCUUAUUCGCCUUUUUGACACACAGUCCAAGGAAAGACUGGUGGAACUGCGCCGAGGCACCGAUCCUGCCACCCUCUACUGCAUCAGCUUCAGCCAGGACUCUUCCUUCCUGUGCGCUGCCAGUGAUAAGGGCACGGUCCACAUCUUUGCCCUCAAGGAUACCCGCCUCAACCGCCGCUCUGCGCUAGCUCGGGUGGGCAAAGUCGGGGCUAUGAUUGGACAAUACGUGGACUCUCAGUGGAGCCUGGCGAGUUUCACAGUGCCUGCUGAGUCGGCCUGCAUCUGCGCCUUCGGUCGCAACACUUCUAAGAAUGUCAACUCUGUCAUCGCCAUCUGUGUAGAUGGGACCUUCCACAAAUACGUCUUCACUCCUGAUGGGAACUGCAACAGAGAGGCCUUCGAUGUGUACCUUGACAUCUGUGACGAUGAUGACUUUUAAGGACCCCGUGGGUUGUGCUAGGGACCUGCAGUGGCAAAGUGCAGAGCAUUUAUGGGAGUGGGAGUGCUGAAAGCCACCAGCCAGCAAGCACUGAUGGGGCAGGUGCACACUUUCCACUCCUCAGAGCAAUGCCUGAACAGCUCAUUUCUCCCAAGUACUUCUUGUGUCCUCAAGGACUGUGUGCCCACAGGGCCAGUCCAGGGACCCAGCGGGGCAGCAGAUGCCCUGGGGCUCCCAACCUGGAGAAGAGUACUAGGGCCCCAGAGGAAGUGCCCUAAUCCAACCUGUGGGGAUAAAAAAAUAUUCCCAGAAAGAGACAAUCUCUGAUAUGAUGAAUUUGAAUAAAAAUUAAUAGUGAAAAA